AGAGAGAGACAUACUGUUGAGUUCCUAAAGACGCCAAGUCUCGUUGGCUUCAGCCGAGCCAUGAGUGACGAUGAGGCUGCAGACUUCUUCAAAGGACUUUGGUCCUCACCAUUGAAAAGUAAACCAAAGAAAGACUACAAGAAGAACAAAAAAACUGCAAAACAUAAAAAGCGCAGCCCCACAAAGACAAAGGAGAGUGUCCAGAAGAAAAAUAAAAACUCCAAAUUCAAAGAAGCCAUAAUGGCAAAGAAGAAAAAGAAAAAAGAAAAGAAGGAGGAAAAAGAUAGGGACAAGAAGAAAGGGAAGGAAAAAAAGAAAAACAAAUUAGCGUUGAAUCUUGAUGAUUUGAAACUCUUCGAGGGUGGUAAAAAGCUUGCCACUUGCCAAAACGAGAUGCUAAACUCUUUAUCUGAAAAAUCUGUGAAAGAAACUAAGAAAAAGAAGACGGUGGCGUUUGGAUUACCCUCCUACAUACGUGUCAAACGUCCAAUAUUCACCUCUUCGUCACCAAAAGAAACGGAAGCCGCGAGAAAGGGCGAGAGCUGCUCUCAGGUGAUGAGAAAAAGCCAGAUUAAACCACAUGACAAUGACUUUCAGUACAACAGUGAUGACAUAAACAGCCAGGACCUGUUCAUCACCCAGAAGACGUUCAGAGCAAGAAGCCCGGAAACUUCUGGCAGCGAAUCCAGUGAGGGAAUUAUUUCUGCAUCCCCUCAGCAAGACAAGAACCGGCACUCCGCUGUGGGAGAGAGAAAACAAUGUAAUGAAACAUCAGAUAAAGGACAGGACAGAGCAAUACAUCUGUGUGUGCGGGAAACAAAAACAGACGGGGAGGAAGAAAUCGAUCAGCUUCAUAAACACUCGAGCCAAGCUGGAGAGAAAGCAGCGCCUGAACAUGAGAAGCACAAUCCUUUCUUGGAUGAUCCGAUGAUUAUAAACCCAACCCCGGACGGUGCGUUGAUCAAACGAUGCUGCUCAGAUCGUCUGGACAUUGGUGAGCCGCCCCCGUGUCCUACUUUAGCAAACACUUCAACUCAGACAGAAAACUUCUUCACCGCCGAGCUCUCCUCCUACGUCAGCUUCUGCCAGAAAAACAGAGCCACUUCGGAAUCUCAGAACAUGAAACCUUUGGAUCUUCGCUUGCCGCAGAGAGCGAGGGGAGAGCAACGGAAGACACUUGAGGUCUACGAAAAACACAAAGCAAAAAAAAGUCUUGAGCAGAAUGCAGCAGUGGCUAAGAAGGAACCCUCGUGUGAAAAUACUCCGAGCCCUCAGUCAGAAGCUGAAACCAAGUCGGCCAACACCACCACCUCCAGUGAGGACGACCACCACUGGCACGCUGCGAAGAAAGAUGUGAGCCAGGUCGGAGUGGUUCAGCUGAGACUCAACAAGCCCUUCUUCUUCAAGACGAAGGGAGAGGGGCAGUCGCCUCGUCCGUAUUCGCCGCUGAUGAAACUCGCUCAGGGAAGAGAUGUUGAAUCCAAGAAGUGCCAUUCAGGAAGAAAAUGAAUAAGUUUGAGCUCAUCUCAUUUUUGUAGCUAGAGGGCUUAGACCAUCUGGAUUUCCCUCAGCAUGUUUGUGACAUGAGUUUAAGAGCCAUUGUUGUCACUAAUAAUUUAGCGGGUGCUAUUGUUUUAACUUGCACUAAGUUGUUAAAAAUAAGUUGCCUUUUGCAGAUCCAACCAUAAGCUUUGUAUGAAUUUCUAGUUCAUUCUGUCAAUGUUACAUUUUCUACAGUUUUGUUACAAGCUUUGAAGUUUAAAAAAUUCUCUAACGCCAAUUUUUAUAUUUGACAAAACUUGCAUCAAACUGUAGUUCGUGGAUUUAUGUAAGGAAAUUGCCUUUUAUCUAUUAAAGUUAAUUUAUUGAAAAUA